AUGAGCGCCAAAGGGGUCUCGGUCGAGUAUCUGGCUGCGGGUGCCAACAGACAGACCGCUGUUGCAGACUGGAGCCGGAGCGGUCUACUUGGCUUUGGCGCCGACGUCAACGUUGCGCUCUGGCAGCCUAAUCUUGAUCCGCCAGAGGGAGUCGAGAGGAUUCUGAGCGGCCACAAGGGCGCGGUCAAGGCUGUCGAGUUCCUGCCGGAAGCCGAGGGAGACGACUCCAGCUAUCUCAUCACCGGCUCAGACGACAGGACACUCAUUGUCUGGAAGGCGACGGGCCACGGACCAGACUUUGGCAUCCUUCAGACUUGUCCUGAUCAUGCUGGGGCCAUUAAUUGCAUCACCGCCGUCAGGCCUUCGGCUGACCGUCCAAGGUGGAUCGUAGUGACUGGGGCAGCUGAUGCUACCAUCCGAGUAUGGAGCUUCGAGGCCGACUGCCUCCAGCUACUGCAAACCAUCCACACGACACCGAAAUAUUUCCCUCUAGCGCUCUCCAUCACGGCUUUGGGAGACGAUGGAAAUGCCCUAGUCAUUGCCGCGGCCGGAACGAGCGACACAAUCCAGAUCCUGACGGCUGACACGGACGCAGAGACCGUUCACUUUAACUUGCAAGCAACAUUGUCCGGGCACGAGGGCUGGAUCAGGUCGCUGAGCUUCACGAAGGAGUCCAAGGAAGCCGGCUGCGAUCUUCUUCUCGCCUCGGCGAGCCAGGACAAGUACGUGCGUAUAUGGAGGAUUCAUCAGGGCCAAGAGCUACCUGCCCUUGCUGCCUCCGGAACAGACCCGUCAAGCGGCGCCUUCUUGCCGGGAAAGUCGCCGUCCAACAAAGCCUACUGGCUCAAGUCAGCCGGUCGGGACUUUUCCGUCACCUUUGAGGCCCUGCUCCUGGGCCACGAAGACUGGAUCUACAGCGCAAGAUGGCAUGCUCACGAAGACGGCAAGCUGCAGUUGCUCUCCACGUCUGCCGAUAACUCGCUUGCCAUCUGGGAGGCAGAUCCGUCCUCGGGGAUUUGGAUCAGUCUAGCCAGGCUGGGAGAGAUUAGCAGGGAAAAAGGCGCGACAACGGCGACUGGUAGCACGGGUGGCUUCUGGACCGGUCUCUGGUCCCCAGACGGCAAGUCUGUGGCCUGCCUCGGCCGGACAGGAAGCUGGAGGAGAUGGCAGUACGAUUCGGCCGACGACGCGUGGCAGCCCUGCGUUGCCAUCUCGGGCCAUACCAAGGCCGUGACUGGCAUUUCGUGGUCCAGGGGCGGUAGUUAUCUGCUCUCCACGAGUUCCGAUCAGACGACGCGGCUGCACACAAAGUGGGUGGACUCUGGGAGAAAUACCUGGCAUGAAAUGUCCCGUCCGCAGAUCCACGGAUACGACCUCAAUUGCAUCGAUUCGCUUGGCGAGUCGCACGAACCCAGGGCGGUUGCAAUGCUGCUCCACCGGCUGGCUGGGGCCCAAGAGACAAACAUGGAGCACAUGCCCGACGCGGCCAAUAUGCCUGUGCUCGGGCUGUCGAACAAGGCAAUUGACGCUGUAGACGACGACCACGAGAUACAGGCAGUGGACGAUGGCGACCGCGGAGCCGUGGACCCGGCUUCCAUCGUUAAGAGGUCACAUCUCGACAUUGACCACCCGCCGUUUGAAGAGACGCUAUCCAGACACACGCUAUGGCCAGAGACCGAGAAGCUCUAUGGUCACGGAUACGAGAUAUCCUGCCUCGCUGCCAGCCACGACGGAAAGCUCAUAGCCAGUGCGUGCAAGGCAAGCUCCACGAACCACGCCGUGAUCCGGUUGUUUGAGACGCAGCGCUGGACAGAGGUGAGGCCGCCGUUGACGGCCCAUUCACUGACAGCAACUCGCCUGCGCUUCUCGCCCGAUGACAAGUAUCUUUUGAGCGUCGGCCGUGACCGACAAUGGGUGGUCUUUGAGCGCAGUGCUGACGAGGCAGCCAUGUAUAAACUACUGCAGUCGAACCCCAAGGGCCAUAGCAGGAUGAUACUUGACGCUGCAUGGGCGCCAUCCGAGACGCCCCUCUUUGCUACGGCGGGUCGAGACAAGCAGGUCCGGAUAUGGGCGUCCAAGCCGGGUGAGAAUGGAGAGCUGCAGUUUGCCCAGGCGGCUGCCUUGGCGUGUGCAGCCCCUGUCACGUCGAUUGACUUCUUGCCUCGCCAGGUCGACGGUCAUUUCGUGCUUGCAGUUGGAACGGAAGCCGGCCGUUUGAGCCUGUGUACGGUCAACGGCGAUGGCUCUGCAUUGGUCGAGUUUCAGCCGUCUCCCGAGCUUGCUUUCCCCAACGCUGUGCUGCAGCUGGCUUGGAGACCACAUCCUCUGGACCGGGACUGCUCUUCGUACACUCUGGCAGCGGCUGGGGAGGAUAGCUCUCUGAGGCUUUUUGCCUUUGACAAGGUAUAUCUACGGCCCUCAGAUGGGUGA